AUGAACAAAAUCGGUGCCAGUCUUGUUUUUGUGAACUCCGGCGAGAUUGCUGGAGGUACAUCCACCUAUGCCGCGCCUUUUAUGUUCAACUCCAAAGUAACAAAUGGAGCUGAACCAAAAUUCGAAGCCGAGAAACUACUUAGCAUAAAAUCGUUGGUCUGUUUAAACACGGAAAGCGAAAUGAUCGCAGAAAACAUUCAAAAUCAGUCGGUCUUGUUGUUUAAACUAGCAACUGUCACGCAAGCGAACAACCACCAGCCAAACAAUGGCCAACUCCAACAUUGGAGGUCGAUUACGGAAACACUGAAUGUGAAAUUUUCGAAUAAUCCGUCGAUUGAUGACAUUAAAAACGUGUUGGAAAUGACAGGAAACGGUGUUUCAACCGAUAAAAACACUCGCGAAAUCGGUCUACGUGCUCAAGCCCAGUUCUACAUCGAAGUUCGGACCAUGGUUGAUGACAUGAGUGCCAACGGGAUCGAUCGAUUUAGCGUAGCCAAUCUUGUCGAUGCUCUCAUGCGUGCUCAGGAACACUUCCGAACUGUUAACUUAUGGAAAGAACAACUUCUAGCUGUACCAAAAAUUGCACGUGAUCUCUACAAAAAAGGUAUCCGCCAAUUCAAUAUGUUUGUCACCUACGCUUUUAACAAUGUCCCUGAAAUCGAUCCUAAUAAAAAAGGUAUCCAAGAAGUUGGGCUGAUUUCUUCCCAAAUGGGGUACAUCUCUGCUGGAAACUCUGAUUAUUCGGGCAAAUUUCUGGACUCGUUUAUCAACGAUGGAACAAUUUCCUCGGCUGCCGGGGAUAUCUGUAUUGAAAGCAAGGAAAUUUGUCAAAGUUCUCGUGGAAGAAUGAUGGCCGUUUAUGGAAAGAUUUUCAUAGAAGGAGACGAUGUGGCAGUGAAUAAUAUCGAGCAGGCCAAGCAACUUUUGAUCAACGCAAAAAAUCACCUAGAAGCAAUGAAUGUGAAUGCAAAAAUGGCAAAGUUUUCCGCCAAAAAUGGACCGUUGUUAGCAAAGAAGAUCAAUACAGAAAAGAUUGUUGUGGAAUCGGGAAACAGUGUUACAAUAGAUCAACUCACCACCGAUGACGCUUUAAUUAAAAGCAAGAACGCCACUCUAACAAAUAUCAAAGCCGAUAAGCAACUCUUGGCCGAAACCGAACAGGAUCUCAAAGCUCAAAAUGUCUCCUCUUCUAGGGUGCAACUUGUCUCAAAAGAUGGCAACGUUCAUGGAUCUCAAAUCAAUGCUGAUUGCCUGUUGGGUGAUGCUGGAAAAAACUUGUCUUUCCAAGACAUCCAAGCAAAAGAAACAUCAGUCAAAGGAAAACACGUGAAUUUGUCGAACAUCCACUCGGAAAAACUCGCAGCAGAAGCGGAAGACGAUCUAAAUGUUACAAAUGCCACAUUGGAUCUUGCGAAACUGACGGCCAAGCAAGGAGCCGCAACGGUAUCUGGCAUUAAAGGCAAAAACGUUGUGAUUGAUGCCAAGAAAAACGCAAACAUAGGUGAUGCUGUUGUUGAUAGCAUUGCGGUGACGUCUGAAAAUGCUGAUGUGAACUUGAUCGGUCGGGUAGAUGCCGGAAAAAUGAGAGCUAAGGCGCAAAACAAGGUAAAUCUUUUGACAGGUUCCGGUCAGGCCAAUCACCGUUUCGGGACUCUAUCGAUUGAAUGUAAAAGAAUGGAAAGCCAAAAUGCAAAAAAUUUGCUAGAAGGCAAUGGGGUGUUCCGAUCGAUGGAAGUUAGAGAUAUGCUCGAUUUGGCUGUCACCGAUGAAAAACUCGUACUCGGAAGCCUCAGUCGGAAUUGCAGUUUAUCGUUGAAAUUCAAAAGUAUUGAUAUUGUCGGCCGAGUUUCAACGUCAAAAUCAUUUCAUGCACAAGCUUUAGAUGGGGAUCUUAACUUGAAUGAUGCGAGUUUAUCAGCUGGCGGUGAUGUUGGGCUGAUGAGCAAUAGAGGCUCAAUAAAUGUAAAACAUUCGGAUGUUGCGGGAAACUCGAUUCACAUGAAAGCUGCUCGAGACAUAAAUAUACAUGCGGAGAAACAUUCGGGAUCGAGAGCAAAAGCAAGCAAUAUUAGAGCUGGAAAAGGAAAUGCUUAUGGGAGCGAAGGGCGCACGAAAGAAACAACAAUCACU